AUGUCCGAACGUCCUCAACAGAAGCCGAGCACCUCAGUGGCUCUCCAGCAAAGUGAUAACAUCGCGCACGCGCUGGCCGGUGCUGGAGGCGGCAUGUUGUCGAUGGUCAUGACAUACCCUCUAAUCACUCUCUCCACAAGAGCACAAGUCGAGUCGAAGCGUGCACACUCCACCACCCUCGAUGCCGUCCGUCGAAUCGUCCAACGAGAAGGUAUCUCCGGCCUUUACUCGGGUCUGGAAUCCGCUUUGUUUGGAAUCAGCGUCACCAACUUUGUUUAUUACUACUGGUACGAGUGGACGCGCGCAGCUUUUGAGAAAGCAGCUAUCCAAGCUGGUCGAUCGUCCAAGAAGCUCACCACGGUCGAGUCUAUGAUUGCGGGCGCGAUUGCAGGUAGUGCUACCGUGUUGAUCACAAAUCCUAUUUGGGUGAUCAACACCCGUAUGACAGCUCGCAAGUCUGAGUCGGAAGAAUCCUUGCCUGGGGCACCAAAGACCAAGGCAUCGACCCUUAGCACCUUGAUGGAGUUGCUGAAGAAGGACGGACCCAAGGGUCUAUUCGCUGGUGUGCUCCCGGCAUUGAUCUUGGUCAUUAACCCUAUUCUUCAGUACACUAUUUUUGAGCAGCUUAAGAAUGUGGUCGAGCGUCGUCGUCGAAUGACUCCUAAGGAUGCAUUCUAUUUGGGUGCUCUUGGUAAGAUUCUGGCCACCAGCAUCACUUAUCCUUAUAUCACGAUCAAGAGUCGGAUGCAUGUGGCCAGCAAGGAUGGUCCUAAGGAGAGUUUGAAUGGAACUCUUAAGCGGAUUAUCCAAGAAGAGGGAUGGAAGGGGUUGUAUAAGGGCAUCGGUCCCAAGGUCACCCAGAGUGCCAUUACAGCCGCAUUCCUCUUUGCCUUUAAGGAUGUCUUGUAUGAUGCCAUGGUGAAGCUGCGAAAGAGACGUGCUAUCCGUCAGUAG